UAUAUAGUUUUACGGAGCGGUAUAGGGAAGAACCAGAAACGGUGGUAGCGGAAUCCUGAGGCCUUCUCCAUUUCACACAACUCCACGCUACAGACACAGCUGAAGAACAAGAACAAGAACAAUAACAACAAGAACAAGUUCAGUUGAUCUCAAAUCUGUUCUUCACCAACACGAGAACCCUAGCGAAGAGGAAGCAGUAGCAAAUGGCCAAUAUUGAUAUUGAGGGGAUUCUCAAGGAACUUCCUAGUGAUGGACGUAUCCCUAAAACGAAAAUUGUCUGUACUCUGGGACCUGCUUCCCGAUCGGUGCCUAUGAUUGAGAAGCUUCUCAGGGCUGGCAUGAAUGUGGCUCGUUUCAAUUUCUCUCAUGGUACCCAUGAGUAUCAUCAAGAAACCUUGAACAAUCUCAGGGCCGCCAUGCAGAAUACUCAAAUCCUUUGCGCCGUCAUGCUCGAUACCAAGGGACCAGAGAUUCGAACUGGUUUCCUGAAGGAUGGGAAACCUAUUCAACUGAAGGAAGGUCAGGAAGUUAUCAUAACUACAGAUUAUAGCAUCAAGGGGGAUGAGAAAAUGAUCUCAAUGAGUUAUCAGAAGCUUGCUGUUGACUUGAAGCCAGGAAAUACUAUAUUGUGCUCAGAUGGCACCAUCACCCUCACUGUCCUGUCUUGUGAUGCAGUAGGUGGGACGGUGAGAUGUCGUUGUGAAAACACUGCCAUGUUGGGAGAAAGAAAGAAUGUGAAUCUUCCUGGUGUAGUGGUGGAUCUUCCUACUCUGACAGAUAAGGAUAAAGAGGAUAUUCUCGAUUGGGGUGUUCCCAACAGUAUCGAUAUGAUUGCUCUUUCAUUUGUCCGUAAGGGUUCUGAUCUAGUCAAUGUCCGCAAGGUUCUUGGCCCCCAUUCAAAGCAUAUAAAACUGAUGUCAAAGGUUGAGAACCAGGAGGGAGUUAUCAAUUUUGAUGAAAUCUUGCGCGAGACUGAUGCAUUCAUGGUUGCUCGAGGUGAUCUUGGAAUGGAAAUUCCAGUUGAGAAGAUCUUCUUGGCGCAGAAAAUGAUGAUUUACAAGUGUAAUCUUGCUGGCAAACCUGUGGUUACAGCCACCCAAAUGCUUGAAUCAAUGAUCAAAUCUCCACGGCCAACUCGUGCAGAAGCAACAGAUGUAGCUAACGCCGUUCUUGAUGGCACUGAUUGUGUUAUGCUUAGUGGUGAGAGUGCAGCUGGGUCAUAUCCUGAACUUGCUGUCAAGAUCAUGGCUCGUAUUUGUAUUGAAGCAGAAUCAUCCUUGGACUAUGGGGUCAUCUUUAAGGAGAUGAUAAGGGCCACCCCACUUCCAAUGAGCCCAUUGGAGAGUCUUGCAUCCUCAGCUGUUCGAACCGCUAACAAGGCAAAAGCGAAGCUCAUUGUCGUGUUGACUCGUGGUGGAACCACAGCAAAGUUGGUUGCCAAGUAUAGGCCAGCUGUUCCGAUCCUCUCAGUCGUCGUCCCUGUUUUAACUACUGAUUCUUUUGAUUGGACCUGCAGCGAUGAGGCCCCAGCCCGACACAGCCUGAUCCACAGGGGCUUGAUUCCCAUACUUGCUGAAGGAUCUGCAAAGGCCACUGAUGCCGAAUCCACAGAAGUGAUACUAGAAGCUGCUCUGAAAUCAGCCAUGGGAAAGGGACUGUGCAAUCCUGGCGACGCCAUUGUUGCACUUCACCGUAUCGGAGCUGCCUCCGUCAUCAAGAUAUGCAUCGUGAAGUGAAUAAAAUAGACAAGCGAAAUUCGGAAUCGCUCCCAGGUGUGCGUUCCUUAUCUCUAUUUACCAUUGCAGUCGGAUCUCAAUCUAUCCUUUUUUGCUGAUUAUUACAAGUAUAGUGAUUUAGUAUUUCAUCUAAAGAGGGCUGAACCGGUAUUUUGAUUUUCUUGUUGUGAGAAGGGGGUGGUGGAUAUUCCCCUGGAUUUUUUUGGACUGAUUGCUGUGUAAUUUUGAAUAGUGAAGAGUUUAUGCUAUUAAUCCAAUCUUCUUCUUUUAGGGAGAUGAAGAAUUGGAUCAGACUUUCAUCAAUUCCCCAAAA